AUGACUUCAGGCUCUGGUACCUCAAACGAACCGGCGAAGCCGUCUCCCCAGCUUUCUCCUGAUCUUCCGAGUACCACCACGUACCUAACAGGCCACAAUGAUGAGGGAAAGGCAAUUGUGCAAUCGGCGCGGCCGGCAGCGUGGAAGGCUUUCGAAGGGGGCAUCAUGGGUUUCAACCAGAUUUAUACCAACAAAUUUCUGCCCGAUUUGAACAACGAUGCAGAUAUAAAAUUCCACGACGAGAUAAUCGCGGGAGGAAACCUCGGAUUAGCUACUAAAGGCGGGACCGUUUGCCGCAUGGUCGACUUCGGGCCGCAAUAUGAGUGUAUGAUGCACAGAACCAAGUCGCUGGACUUCGGUAUAUUGAUCGAGGGAGAACUGGAAAUGAAACUAGAUGACGGCAGUAUCACAAAUAUGAAGCGAGGCGAUAUAGCAGUUCAGCGAGCAACGAUGCACGCCUGGCGCAAUCCGAGUACCACUAACUGGGCUCGUAUGGUAUUUGUGCUUCAGGAUACGCAGCCAUUGUUUAUCGGAGGGAAGAAAUUUGGAGAAGACUACGGUAGAGGUACUCAAGACCUCCCACCGAGUGGAAACGACGACGAAUAA